GCUCCAACUCGCAGCUGUCCUUCAGCAUCGCCUCUGGGGACAGCUUGGGACAGUUCAACGUCAACAAGAACGGAGUGCUGAGCAUCAAACAGCCUUUGGAUCGGGAAAGUCAAUCUUUCUAUAGCCUUGUCGUUCAAGUGCAUGACAUGGCUGCUCCCCCAGCGUCCCGAUACACGAGCACAGCUCAAGUUUCCAUCAUUCUGCUGGAUGUCAACGACAGCCCUCCAAGCUUCAUCUCCCCGAAGCUGACCUACAUCCCAGAAAACACGCCGAUAGAUACGAUCGUAUUCAAAGCCCAGGCAACGGAUCCGGACAGUGGUCCAAACAGCUACAUUGAGUACAGCCUGCUUAGGCCUUUGGGAAACAAAUUCAGCAUUGGCACUAUCGAUGGUGAAGUAAGACUUAUUGGGGAGCUCGACAGAGAAGCAGUCUCUAACUAUACAUUGACUGUGGUAGCUACAGACAAGGGACAGCCAUCCCUUUCCUCAUCUACAGAUGUUGUCGUUAUAGUCCUUGACAUUAAUGAUAACAAUCCCCUUUUUGCACAAAAGCUUUAUAAAGUAGAAGUUGGGGAAAAUACUUUAACAGGGACAGAUUUAAUCCAGGUGUUUGCUGCAGAUGGCGAUGAGGGUACGAAUGGGCAGGUCCGCUAUUCCAUCAUCAGUGGAGAUCCCAAUAAUGAGUUUCGGAUCGAUUCUGUUACGGGUGUGAUAACAGUUGCUAAGCCUUUGGACAGAGAAAAGCAGCCCUCCUAUACAUUGACUGUUCAGUCGUCUGAUCGUGGAAGCAGCCCAAGGACUGAUACCACUACAGUAAAUAUUAUUCUGAAGGAUGUUAAUGAUUAUAUUCCCAUGUUUGAACUUUCUCCAUACGCUGUAAAUGUCCCUGAGAACUUAGAGGUACUUCCAAAAGUCAUUCUUCAGGUCGUAGCAAGGGACGAUGAUCAAGGCCCGAACAGCAAGCUCACGUACGUGCUCACGGGUGGAAAUGAGGAAGGGGCCUUCACGCUCACAGCCAGCGGAGAGCUCCGCUUGGUGCACAGCCUGGACCGGGAGACCAAGCAGCAGUACGUUUUACUCAUCACAGCUGCUGAUUCAGGGUCUCCUGCCCUCACUGGCACUGGAACGAUUGCUGUCACAGUGGAUGAUGUCAACGACAAUGUCCCCACGUUCGCCUUUGAUGUGUAUUCUGCCACGAUUCUGGAGGAUGCCCCUACAGGGACAGAUAUUUUGCUAGUAAACUCCUCAGAUGCUGAUGCUUCUACAAAUGCUGUUAUUAGCUACCGGCUUAUUGGUGGCAACUCACAGUUCACAAUCAACCCCUCGACGGGCCAGAUCAUCACCAGUGCUUUGCUGGACAGAGAGACCAAGGAGAACUACACCUUGGUGGUUGUAGCAAGCGACGGUGGCUUCCCGGGCGCGCUGUCCAGUUCCACCAGCGUGCUUGUCACUGUCACCGAUGUCAACGACAACCCACCCAAAUUUCAGCACCAUCCCUAUGUCACCCACGUCCCAUCACCUACUGCCCCAGGUUCGUUUGUGUUUGCAGUGACUGUCACCGACGCGGAUUCUGGCUCUAACGCUGAGCUCCAUUAUUCCCUCGUGGGAAAAAAUUCUGAAAAAUUCCACAUUGAUCCAGCGAGAGGAGCAAUUAUGGCUACUAACUCCCUGACAGAAGAGUCUGAAGUUACAUUUUCUGUUCAUGUGAAGGACGGUGGCCUGUACCCCAAGACAGAUUCCACAACGGUAACCGUGAGGUUUGUAAACAAAGCAGAAUUUCCUCGAGUUCGAGCUGAGCAGGAGACGUUCACAUUUCCAGAAAACCAAGCAGUCGGUACACUUGUCACAACCGUUUCUGGGUCUUCAGCUAGAGGAGGUUCCUUGUCUUACUACAUUGCAAGUGGUAACCUGGGCAACACAUUCCAGGUCGAUCAAGUAACAGGACAGCUUUCCAUCAGUCACCCUUUGGAUUUUGAAGCAAUACAGAAAUACGUGGUUUGGAUUGAGGCCAGAGAUACGGGCUUUCCUCCCUUUUCCUCAUAUAAGAAAGUGGAAAUAACAGUGAUAGAUGUCAAUGAUAAUGCACCAGAGUUUGAGCAAGAUCCCUUCAUUGCUGAAAUAAUGGAGAACUUGUCACCACGGAAGAUACUGACGGUCAUUGCUGUGGACAGAGACAGUGGUCCAAACGGACAGUUAAAUUAUGAAAUAGUUGAUGGCAAUACAGAAAAUAGUUUCAGUAUUAGUCGAGCCACUGGGGAAAUCAGAAGUGUCAGACCAUUGGAUAGGGAGAAAUUGUCACAAUACACACUGACUAUAAAAGCUUCAGAUAAAGGCACCCCGCUCCAGAGCACUACUGUUAAAGUUGUCAUUAACAUUUUAGAUGAAAACGACAAUGCUCCUAGGUUUUCUCAGAUCUUCAGUGCUUCCGUGCCUGAAAAUGCACCUCUGGGUUUUACAGUAACACGAGUCACAACUUCAGAUGAAGACGUCGGUGUGAACGCUGUCAGCAGGUACUCCAUACGGGAUACGAGUCUCCCCUUUACCAUAAAUCCAAGCACCGGGGAUAUUACAAUAAGCAGACCACUAAACAGGGAAGACACAGACCGCUACAGGAUCCGAGUCUCUGCACAUGACUCCGGAUGGACAGUAAGCACAGAUGUGACCAUAUUUGUCAUGGAUGUCAAUGACAAUGCCCCACGAUUUACAAAGCCAUCCUAUUACUUGGAGUGUCCUGAGCUUCCUGGGAUUGGACUGAAGGUCACCCAGGUUUCAGCCACAGAUCCCGAUGAAGGAUCUAAUGGUCAAGUCUUCUACUUCAUAAAGUCCCAGUCUGAGUUCUUCCGAAUUAAUGCAACCACAGGGGAAAUUUUCAACAAGCAGUAUUUAAGGUAUCAGAACUCCAGCGGUUCAAGCAAUGUCAACAUUAACAGGCACAGCUUCAUAGUCACUUCUUCUGACCGAGGCAGUCCUCCUCUGCUGAGUGAGACAACUGUCACCAUUAAUAUAGUAGACAGCAAUGACAAUGCACCACUCUUCCUUGCUAAGAAAUAUUUUACUCCUGUUACUAAGAAUGUGAAAAUUGGUACAAACUUAAUUAAAGUUACUGCGGUUGAUGACAAAGACUUUGGCUUGAAUUCUGAAGUGGAAUACUUGAUUUCCAAUGAAAGCAAUGCUAAUAAAUUCCGGCUGGACAGGAGUACAGGCUGGAUUUCUGUGUCAUCCUCACUAAUGGCUGACUUAAACAAAAAUUUUCUGUUUAAGGUAAAAGCAAAGGAUAAAGGCAAUCCUCCACUCUCAUCUGAGGUAGCUGUUGAAAUAGUUGUAACUGAAGAAAAUUACCAUACACCUGAGUUCUCUCAAAGCCGUAUGAGUGUUACUAUCCCGGAGAGUCAUUCUGUUGGAGCAGUGGUCAGGAUUGUUUCAGCCCGAGACAGAGAUGCUGCUAUGAAUGGAUUAAUCAAAUAUAACAUUUCCUCUGGAAAUGAGGCUGGCAUCUUUGCUAUUAAUACAUCUACUGGUGCACUGACACUAGCAAAACCCCUCGAUUUUGAGUUAUGCCGAAAGCAUGAGCUAACUCUUACUGCCACAGAUGGAGGAUGGGUGUCCAGAACGGGUUACUGCAGUAUCACUGUUAAUGUCAUUGAUGUGAAUGAUAAUUCUCCCACAUUCAGCCCGGAAGACUACUUUCCUAAAGUAUUAGAAAAUGCCCCAAGUGGGACAACGGUUAUUCGUUUGAAUGCCACUGAUGCUGAUUCUGGACCCAAUGCUGUGAUUGCAUAUGCUAUCCAGUCCUCAGAUAGCGACCUCUUUGUCAUCGAUCCCAAUACUGGAACUGUCACCACCCAGGGGUUCUUAGAUUAUGAAACAAAGCAAAGUUACCAUUUAACAGUUAAGGCUUUUAAUGUUCCAGAUGAAGAGAGGUGCAGCUUUGCUAACAUCAACAUUCAGUUAGAAGGGACAAAUGAGUAUGUGCCCCGUUUUGUGUCCAAGCUUUAUUAUUUUGAGGUUUCAGAGGCGGCCUCCAGAGGUACCAUUGUUGGUGAAGUCUUUGCAAGUGACCGUGAUUUGGGGGCAGAUGGAGAAGUCCACUACCUGAUCUUUGGCAACAGCAGAAAGAAAGGCUUCCAGAUAGAAGAGAAAAGUGGCCAGCUCUAUGUGUCAGGACCUCUUGACAGAGAAAAAGAAGAGCGUAUCUCCUUGAAAGUUCUUGCAAAAAAUUUUGGAAGCAUUCGUGGUGCAGAUAUAGAUGAAGUAAUUGUUAAUAUCACGGUAUUGGAUGCCAACGAUCCUCCGGUUUUCACUUUAGGAACCUAUAAUAUACAAAUCAGUGAAGGUGUUCCUCCAGGCACCCAUGUCACAUUUGUGAGUGCCUUUGAUUCAGACUCUGUCCCUAGCUGGAGCAGAUUUUCCUAUUUCAUUGGGUCUGGCAAUGACAACGGUGCCUUUUCCAUCAACCCGCAGACAGGACAGGUAACUGUUACUGCAGAGCUGGAUCGAGAAACUUUGCCUGUGUACAACCUGUCUGUGCUAGCAGUUGAUUCGGGAACGCCAUCAGCUACAGGAAGUGCUUCUUUAUUGGUAACUUUAGAAGACAUCAAUGACAAUGGCCCUACCUUGUCCACCAGCCAAGGAGAAGUCAUGGAAAAUAAUCGUGCAGGAACUCUGGUGAUGACACUUCAAUCAUCAGAUGCUGAUCUCCCUCCAAAUCAAGGUCCCUUUACAUAUUAUUUGCUCAGCACUGGCCCUGCAACCAGCUACUUUAGCCUUAGCACUGCUGGUGUCCUGACAACAACAAGAGAGAUCGACAGGGAGCAAAUCAGUGAUUUCUACCUCUCAGUGGUUACAAGAGAUUCUGGCGUUCCUCAGAUGUCUUCCACAGGAACUGUGCACAUAAAGGUCAUAGACCAAAACGACAACCCAUCUCAGCCCAGAACAGUAGAAAUCUUUGUUCAUUACUACGGCAACCUCUUCCCGGGUGGAAUUUUAGGCAAUGUAAAGCCCCAGGAUCCGGAUGUGUUAGACAGCUUCCAGUGCUCCCUUACGUCAGGAGUUACAAGCCUGUUCAAUAUUCCCGGGGGCACCUGUGACCUGCACUCGCAGGCCCGGUCCACAGAUGGAGCGUUUGACCUGGCCGUCCUCAGCAACGACGGGUUACACGGCGCCGUCACUAGCAGCGUCCGGGUUUUCUUCGCAGGGUUCAGUAACGCCACGAUUGACAACAGCAUCCUGCUUCGCCUCAGCGUCCACACCGUGCGCGACUUUUUGACGAAUCACUAUCUCCACUUCCUGCGAAUCGCCAGCUCGCAGCUCACAGGGCUGGGGACUGCUGUGCAACUCUACGGCCUAUACGAGGAGAGCAACCAAACCUUCUUGAUGGCAGCUGUCAAGCGCAACGUCAACCAGUAUGUGAACCCCAGCGGUGUGGCCACCUUCUUUGAGAGCAUCAAGGAAAUGCUUUUCCGUCAGAGCGGGGUGCGGAUUGAGUCCGUGGAUCAUGACUCGUGCUUGCCAAACCCGUGCCAGAACGGAGGGAGCUGUAUGAGAAGGCUCGCUGUGAGCCCGGCUCUGAAAAGCCACGAGAGCAUCCCCGUCAUCAUCGUGGCCAACGAACCCCUGCAGUCGUUUGUGUGCAGGUGCAUGCCAGGCUAUGAUGGGAACCUGUGCGAGAUGGACAUUGAUGAAUGCCUGCCCUCCCCGUGCCACAAUGAUGGGACCUGCCACAAUUUGGUGGGGGGCUUCUCCUGCAGUUGUCCGGAGGGCUUCACGGGCAUGGCCUGUGAGAGAGAUGUCAACGAGUGUCUUUCCAGCCCUUGCAAAAAUGGGGCCGCCUGCCAGAACUUCCCAGGAAGCUUCAACUGCGUCUGUAAAACUGGAUUUACAGGGAAAACGUGCGACUCCACUGUCAAUUACUGUGAGUGCAACCCCUGCUUCAAUGGUGGCUCCUGCCAAAGCGGGGUGGACAGCUACUAUUGCCAUUGCCCCUUCGGUGUUUUUGGGAAUCAUUGUGAGUUGAACAGCUAUGGUUUUGAAGAGUUGUCCUAUAUGGAGUUUCCCAGUAUGGAUCCAAACAAUAAUUACAUCUACAUAAAGUUUGCCACUAUAAAAAGUAAUGCCUUGCUGUUAUACAACUAUGACAACCAAACUGGAGAGCGGGCAGAGUUUCUGGCUCUGGAAGUAGCAGAAGGAAGGCUGAGAUUCUCCUACAACCUUGGCAGUGGCACGUACAAGCUUACCACAACCAAGAAGGUGUCUGAUGGACAAUUCCACACGGUGAUUGCCCGGAGGGCUGGAAUGGCAGCGUCACUGACAGUGGAUUCCUGCUCUGAUGAUCAGGAGCCAGGCUAUUGCACUGUUAGCAAUGUGGCUGUUUCUACUGACUGGUCUCUCGAUGUGCAACCAAAUCGAGUUACCGUCGGUGGCAUCAGAUCACUAGAGCCAAUCCUUCACAGGAGAGGACAGGUGGAAAGCCAUGAUUUUGUGGGCUGUAUAAUGGAGUUUGCAGUCAACGGACGUCCCCUGGAGCCCAGCCAGGCUUUGGCAGCUCAAGGAAUCUUAGAUCAGUGCCCAAGAUUAGAAGGCGCUUGUACGACCAGCCCUUGUCAACAUGGUGGUACCUGUGUUGAUCAUUGGUCAUGGCAGCAGUGUCAUUGCAAAGAUGGACUGACGGGAAAGCACUGUGAAAAAUAUAUUACUGCUGACACUGCCUUAUCACUAGAAGGCAAGGGGCGACUUGACUACCACAUGAGCCCAAAUAAGAAGCGAGAGUACAUGAUGAGACAUGGUACGAGAGGUGCCAGCCUGGGAGCCCUGAGCGUGGACCGCUUGGAAGUGAAAUUCAGGACCAGAAGUGAGAAUGGGAUUUUAAUUCACAUCCAGGAAAGCAGCAACUUCACUACUGUGAAGGUAAGAUCAUAG